AUGGGAGCCAUCGAUCCUGUACAAAUGACACAGCAGGCGCCCCAUCAGGAAAUCCUGUACGUCUCUGGAUGGGCCUGCUCGUCUGUUUUGACCAGCACGAAUGAGGUGUCGCCUGAUUUUGGUGACUAUCCUUACAAUACAGUCCCCAAUCAAGUACAACGUCUCUUCAAAGCACAGCAACUACAUGACAGAAAACACUACGAUGCAAGAAGGAAGAUGUCUGCCGAAGAGAGAAAGACAACGCCAUACACUGACUACCUCCGGCCAAUUGUCGCGGAUGGUGAUACUGGACAUGGUGGUCUUUCGGCAGUCCUGAAACUAGCCAAACUCUUUGCUGAGAAUGGUGCUGCGGCUGUCCACUUCGAGGAUCAAUUGCACGGAGGCAAGAAGUGCGGUCACUUGGCAGGCAAGGUUUUGGUCCCUGUCGGCGAACACAUCAAUCGCCUUGUUGCCACACGCUUCCAGUGGGACAUGAUGGGUUGUGAAAACCUGGUCAUUGCUCGCACAGAUUCAGAGAGCGGCAAACUAUUAAGCAGCGCCAUCGACGCCCGCGAUCACGAAUACAUUCUCGGUGUGACAGAGGAUAUCGAGCCUCUGGCAGAGACUCUCCAAGUCAUGGAGAUGAAUGGUGCAAGCGGUGCAGAGAUCGAUGCCUACGAGGCCAAUUGGGUUAAGGAGCAUAAACUGGUUACUUUCGAUGAGGGCUCUCCUGUUCAGUUCAGUUGGGAUGUCCCGCGCACAAAAGAAGGGUUCUACCACUACCGCGCCGGACUCCCCGCAGCAACAAAGCGUGCCAUUGAGUUUGCUCCGUUCGCUGAUCUGUUGUGGUUGGAGACUGCAGACCCAAGCGUGAAAAAGGCUGCAGGCUUUGCCAAGGAGAUCAGAGAGGUGCAUCCUGGAAAGAAGCUCGUCUAUAACCUCAGCCCUAGCUUCAACUGGAUGGGACACGGUUUCACUGAGGACCAGCUAAAGAGUUUCAUCUGGGAUCUGGGCAAAGAAGNNGGUAAGCGAUCCAAUCACCGCCUGCACAGUACCGCCACGAUCACCAACGAGCUCGCCAAGGGCUUCAAGACCGAUGGCAUGCUGGCAUACGUGAACCUGGUCCAGCGUCGUGAGCGUGAACUUGGUUGCGAUGUACUCACACACCAGAAAUGGAGUGGUGCAAGCUACCUCGACGGUAUUCUGGGCAGCAUCCAAAGUGGUAGCAGCAGUAGCAAGAGUAUGGGUGAGGGCAACACGGAGGGAAGUUUCUAG